AUGUUGUACAUUAUCGGCAGCGUUACAGGCUUGAUGUGUGUCCUUCUCAUCACCAUUAAGUUCCUGUUUGAACUCAGUUCCCGUGUCCUCACUUUCUGGCACCAUGAGGGACGUGAACGUGGGACAGAGCGUACCAUCUACAACUAUGUACGGGGGAAAUACCUGGAGCCCCGCUCCUGUCAGGUCUCUUGGGACUGGAAUGAGCCAUGUGAGGUUGGACAGCCCAUGGGAUUCCGAGUCCAUCUGUUCUACAGGAAUGGUCACCCGUUCCCCAUCAGUGGUACCAUGUCUCUGCGAGUCCACAUCUCUCACACAGAACUGUCCCUGGAAGUCCCAGUCACUCUGGAGGUUCUCCAGGAUCCCCUGAGAAAUGUGGUGAAAGCAGCUUUUACUGUGAGGAAGUCCGGGAGAUACCAGAUCACUAUCAGUGUUGGAGGUCUCAAUGUUGGGCAUAGUCCAUACUACAAGGUCUUCCACCCAGGUAUUGUGGAUCCAGCAAAACAAAGACACAGAUCACAGGCCACUUUUCCACCCUAGUCCUCACCUGUGGAGAGCAGCACACACUCCAUAUUGCUCCAUGUGACCAGUAUGGAAAUCCCACCAAUGAUAGUUUGAGAGAGCUGGAGAGCUACUCGCUGUCACUCAGUGAGCUCGGUGUUGUGGGAAUGGCAGAUGGCUGCUGCCAAACCACUGUUUGUAGUGGGAAGCAAAACCGGGUCCUGCUUCACCUGACUCUACUGCAGACUGGAUGUUUCCAGGCCACCCUGCGCUACCAGGGCCAUCCUGUCAGCAAUGGACACUUCAACAUCAUUGUUCUGAGUGAUGAGGAGAAAGCCACUGUGGAUAACAAUGUUUCACGUUCUGGAGUCGGAGUUUUCUUCGAGGGUUAUCUCUACCCACCCUCCAGUCCACCCAGCGUCUCUGGACAGCAGAGUCCAUCAUCUGCCAGCCCGAAAGAGGAUCGAACUGCGUCUUGUAAUGGGAGCUCCCUGGAAAGAAUGAAAAAACCUAAAAAGGUGUACUUUUACAUUUCCCCAAAGCAACUGUCCAUAAAAGAAUUUUACCUGCGUAUUAUUCCAUGGAGGCUCUUCACUUUCCGAGUAUGUCCUGGGACCAAGUUCCUAUACCUCCCCCCAGACCCUCUGCAUGGUCUGCUCUCUCUACAAGUGGAUGAUGGCCUGCAGCCGCCAAUAGAAGUCAGUUGCAAAGACCGCAAUGUCAUGGCUGCCACCUUCACACGUUUCCUUCACCUGAAUAUUGGUGGAUCUGAGACAUUCCAUGAUAAGGUUGCCUUCUUCCAGAAAGAGCUUAAAAACAUUCACUGCAAGAAGAACCGCAGCAAAAUAAUCCUACGCGUGAACAGGCACUCCUUGCUGGAGAGUUCUCUUCGAACAACAAGAAACUUCUCUGUGUCUGACUGGAGCAAAAACUUUGAAGUGAUUUUCCAGGAUGAAGAAGCCCUGGACUGGGGUGGACCGCGCCGUGAGUGGUUUGAACUGAUCUGUAAAGCUUUAUUUGAUACAAACAAUAAACUGUUCACUCGCUUCAGUGACAAUACCCAGGGCCUGGUUCACCCCAACCCUUGCAGACCCUCUGGGCUCCGUAUGAAGCUAUAUGAGUUUGCUGGCCGGGUGGUUGGGAAGUGCCUGUUUGAAUCAUGUCAGGGAGGAGGAUAUGAACAGCUGGUGAGGGCCCGAUUCACCCGCUCUUUCCUGGCUCAGAUCAUCGGACUUCGAAUGCACUAUAAGUAUUUUGAGACCGAUGACCCAGAUUUCUUCCAGUCGAAGGUCCUCUAUCUCCUAACUCAUGAUGUCACAGAUACAGAUCUGGUUUUCGCAGAAGAGAAAUAUGGACGUGGAGGUCAGCUGGAAAAGGUGGUGGAGCUGAUUUCGGGCGGAGCUCACAUUCCUGUCACCAAUGAGAACAAGAUUUACUAUCUCAAUCUUCUGGCCCAGCACCGUUUGUGCAACCAGGUGCGGGAAGAGGUGGAGCAUUUCUUAAAAGGGCUGAAUGAACUCAUCCCAGACAAUCUUCUUGGCAUCUUUGAUGAGAAUGAGUUGGAGCUCCUCAUGUGUGGCACCGGGCACAUUGCUGUGCAGGACUUCCAGGCCCACGCUGUGGUCAUUGGAGGAUCUUGGCACUUCCGAGAAAAGGUGAUGAACUGGUUUUGGGCUGUGGUUUCCAGUUUCACACAGGAGGAACUAGCCCGGCUACUACAGUUUACUACAGGAUCUUCCCAGCUCCCACCAGGGGGUUCACCGCCCUGUGCCCAAGCUUUCAGAUCAUUGGAUCCCCCACCCAUGGUACACUGCCUACUGCUCACACCUGCUUUAACCAGUUGUGUCUACCCACAUAUGACUCGUAUGAGGAGAUGCACCACAUGCUGAAGCUUGCCAUCAGCGAGGGCUGUGAAGGGUUUGGGAUGGUCUGA